UCCUCCCCCCAACGCACAUCCACACCUCCCCGUCCUGGGGCCCCUAACCGUCAAAACAGCGUACAGACACGCUACAUGGACAUGCUGCUCGCACUCGACACGAUCCCACGGCUACACAACAUCCUCGCCUCAUUCUUCACCUGGAUCCUGUUGGCGGGCUUCGUGAUCUUCCCGGGAACAUUCACCUCUUUGUCAACAUCCGACAAAAUAAACGGUAACCACACCGCAGCCGAGGUGUUGAAGAGUAUCAAGCACGUGCAGUUGCUGGUCAUAGCUGGUGUUUGCUGCGGUAUCGGUGCGGGAGGGAUGAUUUGGCUGUGGUGGCGCUGGAGACAGAAUUUCGUGUGGCUAUUGAAUAAGAUCUUCAUGCCGGGGUGCCUUAACUCACUCGCCGGCCUCAUUUCCACGCUCACGAAUGUAUAUUCUCAGCAGGGUGGGUCAUGGUCGAUUACGGCUCGAGUGACGGCGAUUGUGUCCGGUGCGAUAAUGGUGAUUACGGGUUGUCUGUUUGUGAUUUAUAAUUUUUGGGUUUUGGCGGGUGUUAAGAAGAGGCACGGACGGGAGAUG